AUUAUGAGCUGAAUAAGAAGGUCCGGUUUUUGGUGUGCGUUGUCUUGAGUUUAUUUUCCCAGAAAUCAAAUAUUUGACAUAACACCAACUGAACAGUACAUGUCCAGUUGGCCUCUUUCAUAAGAGCUGCUCUGUAGGCUGUUUGCCCCUGCCGAGUGAAACCAGCCCUGCGAGGAGCCAUGUUACAGUGGGGUGUGAUUGGCAUGGACCGGGCUUGGCUUGGCUGGGCUGUGUGUGUAUGCGUGUGCUGGAGCUGGACUGCUUCUUCUUCUGCUGGCCUCCACACACAACAGCGGACCAGCGGACGAACUGCAGCGUCGCUUUGCAAACCUUCACAGAACUCUGAACAGGAGGCCAAGAUGAAGCUGUUGCUGAUCAGGGCGCUUCUCUGCCUAUUUGUCUUCCAUCUCAGUGUGGCCAGACUGAUCCCAGAAGGAGUUCCAUAUGAUGAACCCCCAGCUGUUCCUUACUGGCCCUACUCCACCUCGGACUUCUGGAACUACAUUGAAUAUUUCAGGUCUAUCGGGGCCUACAACCAUAUCAACGAGAUGGCUCGGGCCUUCUACGCCCAACAGGCCCUCGGAGACACCCUGGGAUAUGAGACCAAUGCAGGACAUGAAGACUAAGAAGGGAGACAGGAAUGUUCGGGAAAAGGAAUAAAAAUAUUCUGAUCAAAAGAGUGAAAGCAAAAGGGAAUACAGACACAAAGCCUUUGUAGCUUCCUUAAAUUUUUUUUUAAUUUGAAGCAUAGCCUUGAAUAUAGAUAAGGUAGCUCAGUUGGUAGGAUUGCAAAAUAUAUCCAUGUACCGCGUAAAAAAUAAAUAACAUUUUGCUUCUAGGUAAAA